CUUUACUUCCCCACAAGAGUGUCUAGGCAGUCCUACACAACUCACGCGGUACCGCCAUCGCCAUGUCCAACGAUCCAGCAGUUGCGGCGUUCACUGAGGACAAGGAGGGGCAGCACAUCCGUCCUGGCCCCUUCUACGCCGAGAAUUUGGCAGAAGAGCAACGCCCGAACUCGGUCGGCUCGCGUGACACCGCCAUCGAGACAGCAAAAUUAUGGCUGUCGCCGUCGACGGUGCUGACGAGGAAUCACCUUAUGGGCGACGUCGACCCAGUCAAGUCUACAAUCCCCCUAGCUGCAUUCUGUUUUAUGACAGGUUUCAUUGAUGCCGUCGUCUUCACGGCAGUUUUUGUAUGGGCUGGUUUCCAGACUGGAAACACGGUUCAGCUCUCCCUCGCUAUUGCUCGCCUCUUUUCAGGCCCGCAACGUGACUUGUCCUUCCACAUCUCCGACCAGCAGGCUCUUUGCUCGCUGCUCACCUUCAAUGUGGGGGCCUUCAUCGGCCGCAUCGGCGACCGCAUGGGGCCACACUCCCGCGCGUGGCUCGCGCUUGGCACAUUCAUCCAGGCGCUGUUCACGAUGGCGGCAGCGAUCGCUACGUGGAAGAGCGACUCCCCCCUUAGUGUCGCCACGGACCGUUUCAACCCAGCGUGGACAAACGCGCUGACGUUCGUCUCGAUCGGCUUCAUGAGCGCGAGUAUUGGGCUCCAGGGUAUUAUGGGCAAGCGUAUCAACACGCAGUUCACCACCACAGUCGUGCUAACGACCGUCUGGUGUGAGUUGAUGGCGGACCCGAAGCUGUUCAAGCUGAACCGUUUCGUCAUCACACGCGACCACAAGGUCAUUGCGAUUCUCUGCCUCUUUGUAGGCGGCUUCACCGGCCGUGCGCUCAUCGACCAGAUCGGCUCGGCGGGCACGCUGGGCAUCGGGACAGGCAUUAGGCUCCUCAUCGCAGUAUGGUGGCUAUUCGUGCCGGGGAAGGUCAACGCACAGAAAGCAAAGAAACCCGAGACCGCAUGAACGACUUGGAGAAGUUAUACCGCUGUCUCGUCGUCGACGGGCCAUGGCUGACAGGAGGAAUAUACUUAGGUUUGGCUGCUCAUAAUGUCGUUCGCAUAGAUAUCCGACGAUCUAGAGAGCAUUCUGCAGUGGCUUAUAGUCACGUCCACAGUCAUUUCGACUAAUUUUCUUUGUACUUGACAACAUUUUCCAGUAGCACAUUCGCAACCUCAUUUUCACCUUUUCGCAAA